AAACUUUUAUUUCGGUUCACUGAAGCAAAGGCCCAAUUAAAAAAAAAUGAAAAAUACAGAAAAGAGAGUAUUAUAAAUGAAGUAGAACAGCAGAUGAGCUUCUUCUUCUGUAGUUCUGUACAAGUCAGAGUAAAAAAGUCAGAGGGAAAGAGAACAGAGAAAGAUCAGCGACUCAGAGACGACGUGAUUUUAGGGGUUUCUUCGAUCAAAAGAUCUCAUUUUUCUCGGUCGGGGGAAGAAGCUAAAGAAGGAUCGAUCCAUGGCUGAUUGAUCAGAGUUUAUCUCCGGAGGUUCGGAUAAGAAGAUGGCAGUCUCUUUUCCUCGUCUUCCGAGGUGGUUAUGUGGUGGUGGUGGUGGUAACGCUAAGAAAGAGUCAAAAGGAUCUCCUCCAUCACUGAAGAAGACUAUUAAGUCUGAGUCUUCUUGUUCUACUACGGUGAAGAAGGUUAAGAGAGGAUGGAUUGGGAGAGGAGGAGAGGAGGAGAAGAUGGGGAAUGUGGUGUUUCCUGAACCGGAUGAUCCAGAGUGGUCUAUUGGUUGGGUUGAGCCACAUGGACCAGGGUUUAAAAGUGAGGAUGAUACUGGUGGUGGUGGGUUUGUGGUUCUGGUUCCUUGUUACAAGAAAGUUAUGGAUGGUUCAGGGAAUCAGAUUCUGAAUGGCUUCUUCUCUCCUGCUCCUGAUGGGAAGAAUAUGGAACAGUGGCUGUCGUCUAUAAGGAAGCUGUAAGCUGGAGGAUUGGGAAAGAUCAAGACUAGUUCUCUCAUGUUUUUUUUUCUCAGUAUCAUAAUUAAGAAUCAAAUAAUCAAAAAAAAAAGUAAAAAGAAUCGUGGAUAGCUUCUGGAGACUUCUUUUGGUGUUCUCUGUUCAAGUGAGUGACAACAAAACAUCCAAGUCAUCCCUCAAGAAUCUACAAAUGGACAAAGAUGAUAUGGUGAUGGGGACUUGGCAACAAUGAAUGAAGAAUUGAUAUGCUAUGAAUAUGAUAUAUAUGAUUUUGAGUAUUUGGAUAUUUUUCAUGUUGGGUGUUUGAAGUGAAAGUGUUUUCUGCUUCUUCACUUCUGCGGUCGUGAUUAUUUGGUUCGGACAAAGAAUAAAACAAUCCUUUUUUGUUUUGUUUUGUUCUUUUGUGGUUGGUGAUGUGUAAUAAUAAUAGUGUACAUGUACAUAAGCUUCGGUUUCUUUCUUUGAGUCA